UGAUCAUCUCGAAACUUAUUCCACUAAGCAUUCAAGCACUAUGGUCUUAAAGUCUACCUCUGCCGGAGAUGUCUCCGUGUACCAGGUUGCUGGAUCCAAUCUUUCCAGAUCGUUACCCGACUGGAUCGCCAGAAAAAGAAAAAAGGAGUUAAGAAGAGAUGCGGACUAUAUGAACAGAGUGGAAUUGAUUCAAGAUUUUGAAUUUAGUGAGGCGUCGAAUAAAAUAAGAGUCACGCCAGAUGGGCAGUUUGCAAUGGCAACUGGAACUUACAAGCCCCAAAUACAUGUCUAUGACUUCUCCAACUUGUCUCUUAAGUUUGACAGACACACGGACAGCGAGAAUGUCGACUUCCAGAUUUUGUCCAACGACUGGACAAAGUCUAUCCACUUACAAAACGACAGGACGAUUGAGUUCCACACCAAAGGCGGUAUUCACUACAAGUCCAGGAUUCCAAAGUUCGGCCGGAGUCUAGCAUACAACCCUACCAACUGUGAUUUGCUCAUUGGUGCAUCGGGGAAUGAAAUAUACAGACUAAAUCUAGAGCAGGGCAGAUUCCUCAAUCCCUAUGUAUUAGAAACUGACGAGGGAGUCAACUCUGUGGACAUAAAUCCAGUCCAUGGUCUUAUGGCUGCAGGUUUGGAAGAUGGAACUGUUGAGUUCUGGGACCCAAGAAGCAGACAGAGAGCUGCCAAGCUUUAUGUCACAGAUGCGGUGGGUGAACUGACACAAGUGACCACCACUACGUUCAGGAACGACGGUCUUAACUUUGCAUGCGGAACCUCCAACGGUAAGGCCCUCAUCUACGAUCUCAGAACUUCGACGCCCUCCAUCGUCAAAGACCAGGGCUACGGAUUUGAGAUCAAGAAAAUCAGCUGGAUCGAUGAAAACAGCAGUGACUCGAACAAGAUCAUGACAGCAGAUAAAAGAAUCGCCAAAGUGUGGAGCCGAUUGGAUGGAAAACCUUUCACGUCGAUGGAACCUAGUGUAGACAUUAAUGAUGUUGCCUACGUUAAAGAGAGUGGAAUGUUCCUCUUCGCCAAUGAAGGUAUGCCUAUGCAUGCCUACUAUAUUCCAAACCUUGGGCCUGCUCCAAAGUGGUGCUCUUUCUUAGAUAGCAUCACUGAGGAAUUGGAGGAGAAGCCAUCGGACACGGUCUACUCGAACUUCAGAUUCAUCACAAGAGACGAAGUCGAAAAGUUGAACUUGUCUCAUUUGGUCGGCUCCAAUGUGUUGCGUUCUUACAUGCAUGGUUUCUUUAUCAACACUGAGUUGUACGACAAGGUGAACUUGAUUGCCAAUCCUAACUCGUACAGAGACCAGAGAGAAAGAGAGAUCAGGAAGAAGAUCGAAAAGGGGAGAGAGUCAAGAAUCAGAACCACCGGGGCGGUCACAAAGUCCAAGAUCAAGGUUAACAAGGACUUGGCCGAGAGAUUGGAGAGUAAGUCAAGUGGCGAUGUUGUCAAUGAUGACCGUUUUGCGGAGUUGUUCGAGAACCCCGAGUUUGCUGUCAACCAAGAGUCCUUCGAAUACAAACAGCUCAACCCAGUCAAGUCUGUUAAGGGCAUCACAAAAACCGAGCGUUCUCGUGGCUUGACUGCUGCGGAAGAGUCGGAUGAGGAACGGUUGAAUCCAAAGGACGACAAGGACAACUCUGAGUCCGAGGACGAGUCCGAGGGAGAGGACGAAGAGGCCACGGAGAGACAGAAACAGAAGGUGCAAAAGGAAUUGGAGAAGAUCCGGGAAAAGAAGAAGAAGCAAGAGGAGGCCAACCGCUUUAUGAACGAAUUCAAGGCCAUCACGGAGAACGAGACCGAGGCCAAGAACAACGAGUCUUUGGGUAAGCAAGCGAAAAAGCUCCACAAGAUCAGCAAACAAAAAGAGGCAGAGAAGCAGAACUCCAGAACACGUCAUCAUGGAAAGGGCGAGAUGGAGCUCACUUUCAACCCCAAGAAGGCGCAGAAAGUCAAGUUCAGAGCCGACCAAGUCGACGACGACAGCGACGAGGAGACCGAGAAGAAAACCGGAAGAACCAAGCAGAGAUUUUCCGGGCGUAGAAGUGCAUCCAAGAACCAGUUCCGGGGAAUGUGACAGGAGCUUUCAUGAUUAUAUUACAAUAGAACACGGCGAGAAUGAGCG